AUGUACCGGCAGAUUUGGGUGUCGGAAAGCCAACGUGAUUUCCAGCGCAUUUUGUGGCGUGAAGACCCAAGCCAGCCACUAAAUAUAUAUCGACUAAAAACUGUUACGUAUGGCAUAGUCACCGCUUUAUACCUGGCAACGGCCUGUUUACAAAAAUUAUCCGAACAAGAGUCGUCAAAAUUUCCCGAAGCCUGUCAGGCCCUAAGUCGUGAUUUCUAUGUAGACGAUUUUCUCGGCGGAGCUAUGUCAAAACAGUCUGCAUUAAGAUUACGCGAUGACCUAAUAACGAUUUUGAGGGGCGCUGGUCUAGAGCUGUGUAAAUGGUCGAGCAACGAUCCCGACUUGUUGCUUGGUGUUGAAGCAGUACCAAGUACCAACAAUGACUUAGAUUUGCAGUAUACGGAAAAUGUUACAAAAAUUUUGGGACUUUAUUGGAAUAAAGACAUUGAUGCAUAUCAAUACAAAGUGUUAAUGUACAAUAACAAAACGCGCGAUAUUGUCCGAGAUUGCCGCAAUUUUCGAUCCGCUUGGUUUAAUAAGCCCUGUAAUAAUUUUUUUUAA